AUGAUGGAAUCCAAAGAGAUUAUUUCUGGACCCGUCACCGAAAUAUCUUCGCAGGAUGAUGAGAAGAUUGGGACAGUCAACCCCGUCGGCGAGACACUCAAUCGUUAUGGUGAGGAAUAUGCAGGCAAAUAUCGGCGCUCAUUCCGCUCUCGUCACAUUCAAAUCGUUACAUUGGGCAGCAAUAUUGGCUCAGGGCUAUUCAUUUCGACCGGUAAAGCGCUUCGAAACGCUGGCCCUGGAAACAUGAUUAUCGGGUACACGACUGUUAUGACCAUGGUGGUGGCUACACUUCAAGUUCUGACCGAGUUGACGGUCGCUUUCCCAGUCUCUGGAAGUUUGAUCGACUACGCCGACAGGUUCAUCGACCCUGCCCUGGCUUUCGGAAUAGGCUUUGGAGAGUGGUUGGCGUGGACAACUGUGCUUGCUGCUGAAGGCGCGGCAUUCAAUGUGAUUAUACAGUACUGGACCGAUGCAGUUCCUGUGGCAGUAUGGAUGACUAUCAUCUUGAUUAUUACAUUUGGUAUUCACGCGUGCCCCAACCGGGUCUUUGCAGAAGUUCAAUAUGCUACUUCUGUCCUCAAGGUCGUGGUUCUUCUGAUCUUUAUUUUCACCUCCGCCGCAAUGGUUGGGGGUGCUGGCCCAACAGGAAAAGUCCACGACGGCGAAUACUGGCGUGACCUUCCAGCCUUCCUCCACAACGUCAAGGGAACAUGCCUCUGCGCCAUCUAUGCAAUCUGGGGAGUCGGCGACCAAGUGUAUGUCGGCAUCAUGGGCGGCGAGACGAAGAAUCCUCGACACAGUAUGCCCCGAGCGGUGAAAAGUGUCGGUGUUCGAGUCUUUUUCUUCUUCAUGCUGAUCGUCAUCUUCAUCACUCUCCUUGUGCCUCUGAACGACCCUCGUCUUCUUGGUGGCUCAGGCAUCAACGCCUCACCACUGGUCAUUGCUCUCAAUGACGCCGGAAUCCGAGGCAUUCCCGAGCUCCUUAAUGCUUCGUUCCUGGUCAUCUCCGCGACCGGUGGUCUGGAACCUCUUUACAUCGCGUCUCGCGUCAUGCGACACAUGGCACUCUCCGGCAUGCUUCCAAAGAAGCUUGCCCAGGUUGACAACAAGGGUCGUCCUACGUGGUCACUGUUUGUCACGGCACUCUUCACCAUUACCUUCACCUACAUCAACUGUUCCAACACGGGUGCUACGAUUUUCGCCUGGUUUUCCAGCGUCGCCUCCACCAUCUUCAUGACGGCGUGGGUCGUGCUCGCCAUCUGCAGUAUCCGCUUCCACGCCGCCAUUCGCGCUCAGAAAAGCACCAUCCUCGAAGGCAAGUACAUGUACAAGGCCCGAUUCUGGCCCGUCGCGCCCAUCUUCUUGGGCGUCGGUGCCUUUUUGGUCCUGGUCGGUCUCUUCGCCGACGCGUUGUAUCCCGUCGGUGGCACCCCUCUGAGCGCCUACGACUUCUUCAUGACAUACCUGGGAGUGCCUCUCAUCUUGGUCGCCACUAUCGGGUACAAGAUCGUUCGACGGACCAGCAUCAGGCGGGCGAGCGAGAUCGACUUGGUCACGGGACACCAACCUCUGACCGAGGAGCAGGAGAAGUUCUUGGACCAUUAUUAUAGUCAGCCUAUGUGGAGGAGGAUUUGGAGUUAUGUCUCGACCAGUGAUUAG